CGUACACGGAAAUCCACGCUACUAUCGUCGACCUCAAGCCUAAGACAUCGCCGACGCCGACAACCAUGGUCAACAUCCCCAAAACUCGCCGGACCUACUGCAAGGGCAAGACGUGCAAGAAGCACACGCCCCACAAAGUGACACAGUACAAAAAGGGCAAAGAUUCGCUGUUCGCCCAAGGAAAGCGUCGUUACGACCGUAAGCAAUCAGGGUACGGUGGUCAGACUAAACCCGUCUUCCACAAGAAGGCAAAGACGACGAAGAAGGUCGUUCUGCGGUUGGAGUGCACGGUGUGCAAGUACAAGAUGCAGCUUUCGUUGAAGCGUUGCAAACACUUCGAGCUUGGUGGUGAGAAAAAGACAAAGGGUGCUGCCCUCCAAUUCUGAGCGCCUUGGGAGUCGUUUCAUAUUUUGUUUUCCACUGCUAUGUAUCCUCAAGCACAUUAUGACAUGACAUGCAGCAUAUUCUUACGUGUGACUGGUCUCGAGUGAUGCGCCUUGCCUGAUGUCGACUAGCCUUGUGAGUGUCACCGAGUGAAGAUAAAUACGACGCCCUAGCAACCAAAACUAGUAGCCGCCCAUUUACAACGUUAGUGGAGCACAGAUUAAGCGAUGUAACGAUGAGCCAAAAUGAUGAAGUAGCGCCGCAUGCGCACUGUUUUUUUUUUGAAAUUGCUGUGAUGCGGCUUGUGACGGUAAAUUCCA